CGGUCGCGCUCCCGCCCCGCGCUCCCGCCGCCCGCUUCGCGCUUCCGCCGCGCGUUCCCAUGGCGCUGAAGCGGAUACAAAAAGAGCUAAGUGAUCUGCAGCGAGAUCCCCCAGCCCACUGUUCUGCUGGCCCUGUUGGAGAUGACUUGUUUCACUGGCAAGCAACUAUUAUGGGACCUCCUGAUAGUGCAUAUCAAGGGGGAGUAUUUUUUCUCACAGUACACUUUCCAACAGAUUAUCCUUUCAAACCACCAAAGAUUGCUUUUACAACAAAAAUAUAUCACCCAAACAUAAACAGUAAUGGGAGUAUUUGUCUUGAUAUCUUGAGAUCACAAUGGUCACCAGCUCUGACUGUUUCUAAAGUUUUAUUGUCCAUAUGCUCCUUACUUUGUGAUCCUAAUCCAGAUGAUCCUUUAGUACCAGAUAUUGCACAGAUCUACAAGUCAGACAAGGAAAAAUACAACAGACAUGCAAGAGAAUGGACUCAGAAAUAUGCAAUGUAAACUUUUGAAGACAUUUUCAUAUACCACAGAGUACUGUAAAUUCUAGUUUUUUUCAAAAUUAGAAGGAAAUGGAGCACAGUUUAUGGUUUCAAUGUGACACUCCUUGAAUUUUUUUUCACCCAAGUAAGUGUGUUUCUGGAGCAAGAGAGAACAAACUUCCAAAAAUAACCUUAUGACUUUGGUAAGAAUAUUUAUCCUCUUUGUAUGCUUUGCAGAAGACAUUUAUUAUAGUUUUUAAGAGUUGGACACCUGCAUCUUCAGACUACAAGAUCUAUAAUUCAGUUGUAAAUCAAUGAAAUUAUUUUUUGCUGGAAAAAGUAGCUGUUUUCAUGUGAUGAAUACUGUAUGUGUGUCAUUGAAGUAUGUUGUCUGUUUCAUAAGUGUGUUCAAGUUUCUUUUUGUUAGUUCUCUUAUAUAAUUUGUAUUUUUUUACUGUAUAGACUAUUUUAUUUACAAUGUAAGUCAUUUCAGUUUAGACUUGCUUGUGCACAGUAUUGACAAGAUACAACUGCUAAUA